AUGCAAGAUGCAGCGAUGUCGAAUAACAUGGCUAAGAUCGCAGAUGCUCGGAAGGCCGUGGAGCAGCUGAAACUGGAAGUCAACAUUGACAGGAUGAUGGUGUCCAAGGCAGCAGAAGAGCUCAUGGCCUUCUGUGAGGCUCAUGCCAAGGAGGAUCCCUUAGUGACCCAGGUGCCCUCGUCCGAAAACCCCUUCCGCGAGAAGAAGCUCUUCUGCGUCAUACUUUGACCCGGACGCCGGGAGGCGAAGUGUGUGAAACGUACAAGUUUCUCUUCACCCUUUCAGCAAGAUCCCGUGGAUGUUCUACUUGAGUGAACCAAACACUUUCCUGACCUCUGGUGACCUUUCCCGCCCCUUCAGUUGUCCAUUCAGAUUCUAGACAAGUGCAGCCCUUGAUUUUUUAAUUUAUGCCUGUAAAUUAAAAGUAAAAAUAAGUCAAGAAUGGUAUCGAGUGUAUUGCACUAAAGUGCCAGACGAUUUAGUGUGAAGAGCACCAUGUUUACCCAUAGCCCUGAAAUACUAUAGUAUCUAUCUAUCUGUCUAUCUAUCCUAAUAAAGAGGAGU